UGACCCGGAAGCGAUUUCUGAAGCGCCGGCCGCGUGUACUCGGUUCUUGGGCACUUGGUUGCCGAGUUGCUGCCAUGACCAAAAUAAAGGCAGAUCCCGACGGGCCGGAGGCCCAGGCAGAUGCGUGCUGCGGGGAGCGCACUUAUCAUGAACUGCUGGUGAAUCUGAACCCCAUCGCGCAACCCCUGGCUUCUCGCAAACUGACACGGAAGCUCUACAAAUGCAUCAAGAAAGCCGUAAAGCAGAAGCAGAUUCGGCGCGGGGUGAAGGAGGUUCAGAAAUUUAUCAACAAAGGCGAAAAAGGGAUCAUGGUUUUGGCAGGAGACACGUUACCUGUUGAGGUAUACUGCCAUCUCCCAGUUAUGUGUGAAGACCGGAAUUUGCCCUACGUCUAUAUCCCCUCUAAGACGGACCUGGGUGCAGCUGCCGGCUCCAAGCGCCCCACCUGUGUGAUAAUGGUCAAGCCCCAUGAGGAAUACCAGGAGGCCUAUGACGAGUGCCUGGAGGAGGUGCAAGCCCUGCCCCCACCCAUGUGAAGGACUUAGGCAACACCCUGGGCACCUGCUCCGGAAGCUGUUGGGCUGUUGGCAGGUCAGCUGAUUGCCCUCCUGCUGCCCACACUCACAGCAUCUCUGUGGUCCCCCGAAGCACAUAUUCCUUCCAGACAGCUCCAGUAGCUAUUUCAUGACAGCAAAGCCAGCAUCUUCUCCAUCAAUGCAGUUUCCUGUUGAGCUUCAAUGAAGAUAGUUCCAAGAAUGUGAUGGGGGGGGGGGGAGUAAAUGCUAAAACUAAAAUA